GAACGCAAAAUAUAAGUGAUACUUGUAUUUACAUAAUUUUAUAAAUAAUUAUGAAUCAUCCACAAAGGGGUGAAACAAAUACAUGUGUUUGUAACAGUAACGUGUGUAUUCUUAAUAUUUAGAAAUUCAAAAAAGUGUAUCACCUUUACAUUUUAUCGUCGUACGUUUUAUCGGUACAUAUAUCUAUCGAAAAGUAAUUGAAUACAAAGUAAAUGCACUGUACGGUUCAACUUGUGCGUUUAUAAUAAAUAAGAGAAUAAUACAUAUCUAUAUACAUAUAUAUCAGCACUUGAAACGAUACAGUAAAUAUUAAGUAUGGCGUUAAUCCUAUCAGCUGAUAUCGUCUGCUGGAAUGACGAAUCGUAGUUCGAUUAUUUGGUUAAACAGUACCUUUAACUGCUUUAAAAACAUCCCUUUAUUCGAUGACUCUUCGCACAAAUUGAUGAGUUCGCGAUAAAUGACAAUAAUGUCUGUUUUAAUGACGGAAUGAUUAUAUCAGAGUUUGUAAUGGUGAUAAUACUCGAGAGACAGGAACCUGAUUGCGUGCGUCAUUGACAGAUUCGGUUGUGAUGAGCGACUCCGAACAACGGCAACUGCACGUGCCUUAUAAAGAAUACCAUAGCCAGAACAACACUAACACUUCUGCGCUAGUGGAAACUGAUGCACUGGUAGAUCUAUCAAUCACAUCUAAAAAUUGUUUGCCAGUGAACAGCGAGUGCUCGGAAUUAGUACCGGACGUUGAGUUUGUUCCAAACCUGAGCACCGAACAACCUAUAGCCAUUGAUUCCCCUGGAAUUGACCGGGAGAGCCAGCCUCUCCUUGGUCGAUUGGAGCUAGAUGUUACGUUCAAUCGUUUUCCUGAUGAUCCACAAUUCUCUGAAAUGGUAUGGCAAGCCGAAUGCGCGAUAGAUAAUGGAAUCUUUCCUGAAAGAAUAUAUCAGGGAUCAAGCGGGAGUUACUUUGUAAAAAAUCCCACAGGGAGAAUAAUAGGUGUAUUUAAACCAAAAGAUGAAGAACCAUAUGGGAGGUUGAAUCCAAAGUGGACAAAAUGGAUGCACAAGCUUUGUUGUCCUUGCUGCUUUGGGAGAAGUUGUUUGAUACCAAAUCAAGGAUACCUGAGCGAAGCUGGUGCAAGCUUAGUUGACCGCAAAUUAGGUCUCGGCAUAGUUCCAAAUACUAGAGUAGUUAAACUCGUCAGUAAAACGUUUAAUUAUCCGCGCCUAGACCGACAGAAAGCUCGCAUGAAGCAAGCGAUUAUGGACCAGUUUCCUACAGUGGGUUCCCAUUUCAAUCGUAUCGGUUUACCGCCAAAAGUUGGUUCUUUCCAAGUUUUCGUAGAUGGCUACAAAGAUGCCGAUUAUUGGUUAAGACGAUGGGAAAACGAAUCUCUGUCACCGCGUCUUAGUAGAGAAUUUCAACUUCAAUUCGAGCGCUUAGUCAUUUUGGAUUAUAUAAUUAGAAAUACGGAUAGAGGUAACGAUAAUUGGCUUAUUAAAUACGAUAAUGCCACGGGAAAAAACACAUCGGAACAGGGUGAUGUAAAGAUUGCUGCGAUAGACAAUGGUUUGGCCUUUCCUUUUAAACAUCCCGAUUCUUGGCGAGCUUAUCCAUAUCACUGGGCAUGGUUGAGUCAAGCGAAGCAACCGUUUAGCGAAAUAACACGAGAGCUUGUGUUACCACAACUCUCGGAUCAGAAUUUUGUACAAGAUCUUUGCGACGAUUUGUAUCAAUUAUUCAAACAAGAUAAAGGUUUCGAUCGUCAUCAUUUCGAUAAACAGAUGAGCGUUAUGCGUGGUCAAAUCUUAAACUUGCAACAAGCAUUAAAAGAUGCCAAAAGCCCUGUGCAAUUGGUUCAGAUGCCUGCUGUGAUCGUUGAAAAGGCCAAAGGAAACGGAGCACCAAGAUUAUUCUCAUUUUCUGAUACAUUUACACAGCGCUUCCAGAAUAAAAGUCCCUUCUUCUCUUGGUGCUGAACAAAUGUUUUCUGAAUGUUUGAAACGACGUCAAUCCUGUGUGUCGACUGAAAAAAAAACUGUUCAGUAUAUCGCAAUCAUCUUAUUAUUUGUUUCGUAUCUGUUUUAAGUUUAUUCCGCAUUGCUACCUCUUUUUGAACACUAAUUUCUAAUCUACUAUCCGUAAAUUUAAUCGAAGAUAACGUUUAAUAUAUUUUAUAUCUAAAAUAUUUCCUUUUGAUUUGAAUAUAAUCAUCAGUCAUAAUAUAAUUAUAUUGUAUACAGUAAAUAUAUAUAAUGUUAAAAAAAAUAUUUCGAUAUGCUUCGUGUAAAAAUGAAAAGUAUGAAAAGCGACAAACGAAUAUAGACGACGUUUUAUGUCUACGCAUAAACAAUACCCUCUAACGAACCACGAGUAAUUAUAUAUUCAUAACAUUUGUUUUUUUUUUGCGUCUUCCGUAUUAACGACACCUUCUGCUAAUUCAUAUUUAUGAAUCGAGUAUGUUAAUUUACAUAUUUUCCCUAGAUGCUGUCAAGAAGAAAUAUCUGUCAAAUCUUCAAAAUGAACUGUGAUCUACUAGUUAAAGGCCAUAUUCUUAUUGUUUAAAAUAAACAUUCUACGGAAUCAUAUUAUAUUUUUAACCUAGACUUAUAAGGAAAUAAAUUUUCUAUUAGUGGCUAAGACAAAAAUUUCUAUCAUAGUUUUCAUCGAAGAUUUCAACUUAUAAAAAAACUAAACGAAUCUCUCUUUGUUCUCACGAUAUAGAAUAUACACGAUGUUUGAACGUA